CUUGAAUCGUUCUAGUAAUUCGUGUGCCGUUUCCUGUCAAUUCAUUGUCCAGCUUCGUUUCGAAUUACUAGCAAUCCCAGUAUGAGCGAAAACAAACCCCUCGCCGUCAACACUAUCCCUCAUCUCCAAAGGACCGAAGCAGCAAGUCAACUCAUCGUCAACGGCAAACCAUUCUUCAUCUUGCCCGGUGAGGUACAGAACUCGUCAUUCUCCUCUCCCGAGUACAUGCGAGACAAAUGGCCGGACCUGGUAGCCAGCAAUAUCAACACGGUCCUGGGCUGUGUGACAUGGGAAGCCAUCGAGCCGGAGGAAGACAAAUUUGAGUUUUCCAAAUUGAACGAGAUCGUGUUGGAUGCAAGGAUGCAUGGUCUUCGCUUGAUUCUGCUUUGGUUCGGUUCGUUUAAGAAUGGCAUGUCGACAUAUUGUCCGGCCUGGGUCAAGCGGGAUUCGGCUCGUUUCCCGCGUACGCUGCUUCGCGGGGAGGACGGGGAUUUUCGAGUGGGAGAUGUUCCAUCUGUUUUCAAUGUUGAAGCUGCAAAGGCGGAUGCAAAAGCAUUUGGGAUGCUCAUGAGCCAUAUCAGGGAGAUUGACGAAGGCCAUUGGACGGUGUUGAUGGUCCAGGUCGAAAACGAACCUGGUCUCCUGGGUGAUAGUCGCGAUAUAAGUCCUGCAGCAGAUGCAGCAUUCUCACAGACGGUUCCUCCCGAGUUACUGAAGUUUCUGGACGACGACUGGGAACUGCUCCAUGCGGACCUCAAGCGAAAUCUGGGUAUCACUCGCUCCGGAAUCCAAGCUGCCUGCUGGAAGGAUAUUUUUCUCAAGUCUUGCCACGCAGACGAGCUUUUCAUGGCCUAUCACUACGCCAAGUAUCUGGAUGAGGUGGCUGCAGCAGGCAAGAAGGCCUAUCCCCUCCCUCUUUUCACCAAUGCAUGGCUUCCGAAAGUCGGCGCUGGCGGCGUGGAGUUCGUUGCCGGCGGAGGCGAACCAGGCAUCUAUCCUUCCGGGGGUGCAACAACCAACGUUCUCGACAUCUGGCAGCGCUUCUGUCCCAAUCUAGACUUCUUUUCGCCGGAUAUCUACAUGACCGAUUAUAGCGAUACCUGUGCUCGGUACCUUCAUCGGAACCAGCCUCUUCUUAUCCCCGAGCAACGGAAAGACGAGUUUGGGUUGAGACGCACUUGGCUUGCAUAUGGAAGUUAUGGCGCUCUAGGUGCUUCUCCAUUCGGGGUCGAUACCUCCACCCCGGAACUAAGCCCUCUGGCGAAGCACUUUGGACUACUCAAGUCGGUCUCGCAUAUUAUUCUAGACGCCCAGCACCGGCUAGGUUCAUCCGUUGGGGUCUGUUUCGACCAUCUCAACGACGACGGCAGCGAUCCCUCGCCGGCCGUGGUGAAGCAAUUCGGCGACUUUGAACUUCGCAUUGAGCGGUGCUUCGUGUUUGGGAAGCCUGGGCCCGGCGCAGGAAUGGUUGUUCACCGGGGAGGUGGUAAAUUCCUGUUGAUCGGCUACGGGUUUCAAGUUCAUGCUCGCUCGCUAUCGCCUCGCUUGGUGUUUACGGGGAUCUUGAAGGUUGAAGAAAAAGAGGUGAUGGACGAGGCGACUGGGCGGCUCAGGACCCUGAGACUAUUCAAUGGAGACGAGACACGGAACGGAACAAGGGUGAUGAUGCCGGAUGAAGAUCCGGAUUAUGGAAAUGGAUUUAUUAGCACCACCAUUCCGGCUCGGACGAUGAUCGCGGAGAUGGAGGUUUACUCGAUAGAGAGCCCAAACUAA